AUGGCCCUAUCCCCACUGACACCGGCACAACUCAACGCCGCAGCCGCAAAAUGCCUCGCCCUCCAAACCACCGCCCAAGACAUCCACAACAAAAGACCAUUCGUAGCACUCCUCCUCGCCCCCGACAACGAAACCCAGUUAAUGUCCUCGCUCUCCCUCUCACACGUCCGCCACGCCGAGUGCGAACUCGCCCGCAACGCAGCGGAUAAUUACUCCUGGGACUAUCUCGGCGGAUGUACCAUGGUCUCGACCUGGGAGCCAUGUGCGAUGUGUGCGGGGGCUCUGUACUGGGCACAUAUCGGGCGAUUGGUGUACCUGGCGUCUGAGAAGACGUUGCAGAAGUUAACUGGAGAUGGGAAUACGGAGAAUCUUACGCUUGAUUUGCCUUGUCAUCGUGUUUUUGAGGCGGGGCAGACGAGGGUUGAGGUUUUGGGUCCGUUGGAGGGGUGGGAGGGGAAGGUUGUUGAGGAUGCGGAGCGAUAUUGGUCUAUGCAUCGGUAG